UGAGGGACAGGAAAUGACAGGAAUGGCGAUGAGGAUGAAGAUGUGUCCUUGGUUGUUGAGGCUAUACAUGAAUAGGACCCUGAGGUCCAAAGGUGCUAGCAGUUGGUAUCGAUUGUCUCACCAAAUACUCCACUUGAGUGAGACGAUGUUUGUAGCGAUUUGCGCUCUCAGAGUUGGGCCGUUGCCUUUGAGAAAAACAAGGUCUAUGUCGACAGAUCAAACAAAUGGAGUGCCUGUACCAGCGGAGGCGAGAGAUGGAGAGCAGCAAGGCUCCUUUGUGGUCUUCGGGCGUUCCUUGGGACCGUCGCCGAUCUCUGACCCAGCCUAUGCACACUAUGUGAACUCUCCCUGCGUUGAUUUGGCGAGAGAAUAUGAGUAUCCUGACACUCACAGUGGACUUGGGAUUUGUGCAGUGAUUAUGGUGGCAAGUUUUGCCAUCAUGUUCUUCAUUGCAGACCCUGUCCUGAUCAAGAAGAAUGUCGUGUUUGCUCUUUUGACCGUCAUCGUGUCGCUAGCAGGCUGUUGUGGUUGCUGCUUUGUUUGCAUCUCUAACUCCACGUGGUUCUGUGUUCGAGAUGCUGCACCUGCACAGCCCAUCUCUCGUACGGAGUUGCGGCAUUUGCUGGGGCAAACAGCUUGCACCUUUUGGACAAUCCUCCUUUUCUUGGCAGGUAUGUUGAAGUCCUUCAUCAUGGCUGAAGCAGGAGAAGGUGCGAUCGAUGUCGAUCUCUUUGUCAUCGAGUCGUUGGGUGCCAUUGUGGUGUUGGUGCCUGCGUGGUAUGUGGUGAACAGAUGCAGCCGGGAACCUGUGAAGGCUGGCCUUGUCAUGAGCUUUUUUUGGUCUGGCGCGCUAUUCUCUACAGAGAUUGCAGGUCUUUUGAACUCAUUUAUGCUGCUGUUUUGGACGGCGCUUGAUUCAACCUGCAACGCUCAGCUGCCUGUAGGUCCUAAUUGGCCCUUCGAAGCGCCCAGUGGCGGCUGCAUUGCCAAAGCAAACCUCGAGUGGGUGCUAGCGCCAGGUAUCGUGGAAGAAACGUCAAAGUUUAUUGUGCUGACGCGCCUGGUGACAAGCCUCGAGGAGGCGAUGAAUUCGAGGGCUUUGACCCGAUGGCCUCGGUCCUCCACCACCUCAUGCAUGCCCUGCUGUGGCUGGUUCUUGAAAAUGGCGUCCUCCCCUGCAGUCGUUGUACUGUGCGGCAUGGCAGUUGGUGGAGGCUUUGGAUCGCUGGAGAAUGUUCAGUAUAUCGCCAAGAUCUCUGGCCUGGUGAAGCAGCUCCACAACAUUUUGCCAGCAACUGUGCGGAUUUACACGGCCAUACUCCACGUUGCAAUGACAGGCACAUGCGCAUUCUUCCUCUCCAUCUCUAUGUUCUCGGAGCGAAAGCGGCCCUUUGUCAAGUUCAUUGGUUGGAUCUUAAUGGUGAUUUGUCAUGGUACCUAUGAUGCAUUCUGCACCUUUCAAUCGGAACUGGACAUCAAAGAUUGCUUUACACGAGCGAGCUGCACCUACGACUAUGACAAGGGAGAGGAGGAAUGUGUGUUCUCGGAAAGCGGGACACUCGCUCAUUGCUCAUGCAUCUCCAGUGUGAAUGAAUCCACUCACAAAUGCACACCAACUCCAGAUGCUGCAUCGAUGAAGAGAGAUCAGAUAAGCAACUCGACACUGCUCAUACUGAAGGACUCUGGCUUCGCACUCGUGAGACAAAAGGAGUCCAAGGAACAGGCAGAAGCGGACUCUCUUCACAACUUUUGGCAGUUUAACACCGCGCCAAAGGUCAGACAGCAGAUUUUGGCGGCCAUUCCGCAGAAAGCCGAAUAUGUAUGCCCCAAGAACCCUGAGCACUACGUGUGUGGCCCGAAGCUGGUGGAGUGGUGGCCUGGAGCGUGGACCUCUUGGCUUCUGGGGACGGUGAUGAUUCUUUUCUUCGCCAUCCUGGCUUGUUGUGGACUUCCACAAGUGCAAAGGUCCUUCUAUGCACGACAAGAGGUAGCACAGACAGCUGUAAAUCCGGCGCCCGGAAGUCAAGUCCAGCUGGCUUAAGGCCAGAUGGACCGAGGCGUCCGAGAGUCUCGGAGAAUCAUGGAGAAUCCAGAUAUAUUAGCCAACCUUAUUUGACCUUUCUUUGUUUCUAAUAGGCCUCCAAC